CUGCGGGGCUAACCUGUUAUAAAACCACUGCUUGCCACUUACUGGACACUUUGAACCCAUCCCUCAGUUUUGUACAGUCAGUUAAUGCGCGAGCUUUGAUGCCUUUGCUCCACUGCGCAGGGGAAGUUUUUGAGUGGACUCUAUGGCAGUUGUUUUUACCCUUUUUUUUUUUGGUGCACUGGUUUCCUGUUUCUCAGAGCGCCAGCUUCCCUGAGUGAGAGAGACAAAGAGGCAGGAAGCGCAGGUCAGCUGCCUCGGUCUCUCUCUCUCCUCUCCUCUCCUCGCUCUCUUUCUCCCUCUGUCACACAUGGCUCUGCUGUCCUGAGCAUGCGGUGCCACCAGCAGCCCUGCCUCACACACACACACAGAAUCGCACGCAGACCCUCCGUCAGCAACACAGGGUGGCUCCUGAGUCUCUCGUUUAUUGAUUCAGGGCGUCUCCUGAGCUCCUCAGGCUGGUGGUGGUCCGCCAUCUCUCCUCUCCUCUUUCUCUCGCUCCUCACACCCUGGAUGGCCAGUGGGCAGGAUGGAAGCUAUAGCGCUGUACACCUUUAAAGCCACAGAAGGAGACGAGCUCAGCUUCCAGAAAGGAGACGUACUCAUGAUCACCAACAUGGAAGACGACCCCAACUGGUACACAGCUGAGCUGAGGGGGAGAAAGGGUUAUGUUCCCAAAAACUAUAUCAAUGUAAGACCCCACGCAUGGUUUGCGGGGCGGAUCUCCAGGCAGGCUGCUGAGGGCCGGCUGCGGCACAGGGACUGUGGCAUAUUCUUGCUCCGGGAGAGCGAAAGCGCGCCAGGGGAGUUUUCUCUGUCUGUCAGCUAUGGAGACCACGUGCAGCACUUCAAAGUCCUGAAGGACAGAGGGGGGCAGUAUUUCAUCUGGGACGAGCUGUUCAGCUCCCUGAACCAGCUGGUGGAAUUCUACAGGACCACAAGCAUCGCCAAGGAGAGGACGGUUUUCCUGAGGGACGGGGAGCGAGUUCUGGGGAGACCACGCCAAGCUCGGGCUCUCUUCGACUUCACUCCCCAACAUCUGUCCCAGCUGCGCUUCCUGCGCGGCGACGUCAUCGACCUCCUGGACUGCGCCGACUCGGGCCGCUGGAAGGGCCGCUGCCAGGGCAGGGUGGGCUUCUUCCCCCCCGAGUACGUCCAGCCCAUUUACCACUGACCGGGCAGAAUGAGGGCGGGGCUGCCAGGAAACACUGCACCACUGCGGAGAGGGAGGUGGGGGGGUGGGGGGUGGGGGAGGGGAGGCCAAAAUCCACGCCAAACGCCCCAGAUCAAAAGGCUUUGUUUCAGGCUCAGCUGCUAUCUCACGCUCACAGCAUCCUGUACAGUGUCCACAGGAGUCCCGACGCGAUCUCGAACAAAGGGGAGAACCGCAGGCCGAGAUACUGAGAUAUGGGGGAGGGGUUCUGGAAAGUGACACAGAGAGAGAGGUGGCAAGAGAUGAAGAUCCGGCAGCUUUACGUCAAUAACGGGAUCGUUUCCAGGCCCCGAAACUGCACUCAUGGUGUCAGGCACUAAAAUUGCCCUAAAUCCAAUGGAUUGACAUAAAUACAUUCAUAAUGAAAUGGUCGAAUUGUCUUUAGAAAGCGGGUGCAGGUCAUCAGAGCAGGCGUUUCUGUACAUUCUGCCUGCAGAGGUAGUAGACCAAUGCAUAGGCUGUGUGCACUGGCUGUGUUGUAGCUGGCACUGACCUGUCACUCCAUACUGGCCUUUAUCUCCUAGCAGUGGUGUAUCUCUGCUCCACACGACAGCGUGGGAGCCCUGCUCCACACGACAAUGUAGAAAAAAAAAUUGUAUCCCAGACCUAAAGAGUGCAGCGUGGGCUCCAAAAGCAUUGAAAAGCCCCCCCAGGUUGCUGUAAUUUUCAACAACGAAGCACUGAAAGCACAGAAGCUCAUUUUGCAUUUCACUUUUUUCAAAUGAACACCAUGCCGUUAGUAGGCGCAGCCCAUCGGUUGGACAGACACUAAAGCCACCAAUGGAAACUGUACAUGGAGAGCUGGCUGUGGAAAGGAACAGGCUUUUCUUUGCAUGGGCAUUGCCAUGAGUGAAACAUGGACAUGACGAAAAUGCUGUCAUAUACCGCUCUGACAAGUCUCCACCGACGUCGAUAACUGCACAUGCUGCUCCGGCCAGCAGCUUUCGAAGUUCUAUGGGUGGGGGUUCGUGUUGUCACCUGGCCCACAGACAGACACUGCUCCCACAAAUGUCCCGGACAGGGGACCGCAGGGCGAAAACCGUACCGGCUCAUCACGAGGGGCACAGGGACCCUGGCUUUCCCUACAGGGCUGUGCACAUGAAUCUCAAAGAGUCAGCAGUUGCACGUCUGCCCAUCUGAAAACACCAGAUGGAUUCUGUUUACCAAGUCAGUGAUUACCCUGCUAUACGAAUGAGAAAAAUGACCUGUUUGUUUCUGUGCGGAUGGUGAAAAAUAAUAAUUAUUAUUUUUUUCCCAUCUUGACCUUUGAGCACAGCUGCCUGAUAGAGAUAACAGUGGAAUGUCAAAAGACCUGAUGAUCUUCAGAAAGAAGAAUUAACCUGACACUAGCUACUUGGCACAAAGGUCACCACCGCCCAGAUGGAACCGAAAACAUUCCCUGAGAUGGGUAAAAAAAGAACAGUAACAAACACGAUGAUCAAAUAAAGAUGCUUUUUUCUUGCGCUUCUGGCUAAUGUGUCUCAAGGCAUUGAACUGGAAACUCGUUUUCUUUGAGGGGGGAAUUUGGUGUGUUGCUUAAUAAUUUAAAUCCUAUAAAUUCAACGUUUUCUAACAGAAAAAAAAGUCUUCUGUUCAACAUUACACUGCAGUUAAACGAAGAACGUUUUUUUCCCAGUGAGAUUCCCCCAGCACCACCCGAUGCUGGAGGAACAAGCAGAAUCAACCGGAAGACUUUCAAACUGCUGCCUUUUUCUAGACACAGGUCAAACCCUGGAGGGGCAGCGAAGCCGAUCUUUUUUCCUGUAACCCAAUCUGAAACUCAAGUCUCUCACUCGCCCUGCUGGGAGGAAGGGUGUGAGAAAACACAAGCUGGCUUAUUUCUGCAGCCAAGAUUUCUACAUUAAUGCUGGAGCAGCUGAAAAAUGUUUGCAUGUUGUGUAGCAGUCGGAUACAAUGCUGGGAAUGUUGGCCUUCAGGGACACUCCCCUGCAGAUUGUAGCUGCUGAAGCCGAGCGCACAGCAGCCAAGGUCAAAGCCGAGGAAGGAGACACAUCCUCUGUGCAGAUUGUGACAGUGACACUGAACUCUCCCCCUCCUGACUCUAAACUCAGCUUAGCCAGCUGGCUGGAGCUCUCUUCAGCGACGCUGUGUCUCACAUCUAGUUCCGAGACUGAGAGCUCACUCAGUUUGGGUCGCUGGUGUAAAACAGGCUGAGAAAAGAUCUGAAAAGGAGAUUAAUUGUUAGGCAACACUUACCAAAAAAAAAAAAUACCUUAACGAUCUUGCAGACCUGGAACCUGAAGUUUUGACUAAAAAAUGACCC